CUCGCUGCUGCGCUGCUCGGGCACUUAAACAGGAGCCCCUCCACCACUGGCGUCGUCCUUGUGCUCUGUAAUUGCAGCUCGAGCCCUUUCAGAACGAAGACACCAAGCUGACAAGCUAGGUAGAAAGAACUCCUCUUGGAUCGAUGUCCAUGGACGGCAAGACCCCUGAUCUGCUGCCUCUGAGCGCGGCCAAGAAGAAGGUCCUCGAUGAUGUCCACGUCGCACUGGCCUGCGUAUAUGCGCUCCACAACGCCCUCGCCAUCGUCUUCAGCACAGCAGUCGGCUACAUAGCCGUCGACUACUUCGACGUGUCGUGCAGCCAGCUCUCCUCCAUUCUGCCGUGCGUUGAGCUGACGGACGCGGAGUCCGCCUGGUUAGCCGCCCUCUCGAUCGGGAUUCUGUGCUGUGCCCCAACCCAGGCGGCCGCGGCGGCGCUGGCGCUGCUGCUCCCAUGCCGCCGUCGCCGGGCCCGCCGCGCCCUCGCCUACCUCGCGCUCGCCGUCACCUUCCUCUUCCAUUGCAUGUACGCCGGCGCCGUCUGGAUCUUCCUCGCCGCCGACCCAGGAUACAUCUUCGGCAAGAUCUUUUUUACCGUGGUCAUCUGCCUCAUCCUGGUGUGCGACCUGACCUGCCUGUCUGACCUCCUUCGAGGUGAUGGGUGGGGCAAGCAGUAGUGCACUAGUAGGUACGCAACCUACUAGCUAGUUCAGCUAGCAGCAAGCUGCAAGGGCUCAUGUUCGUGGAUCAGCUCGUGAGGUACUGAUAUUACUGAUGAGAGCGUAGUUCUAGGAGUAAUCUAGAGUAUGCAUUAAUUCUGCUGUGACGGUUGAUGGAUCAUGUUCGUGGAUCAGCUCACCACGUCUGAUGAGAGCGUGGAGUAUGCAUUAGUUCUGCUGUGACGAUUCAUGGAGUAGUGCCGUAUUUGCGAAUCUAGUAGCUGGUGUAGUGUUAAUAUCUAGAUCGAGUCCAUUUGGUCAAUGCUUUGCUGGCUAUAUAAUUAGACUGGAUAGAUUGUGGCUAUGUUUGAUGUAUUCGACCUUAAUUUUCUCUAUAUGUGAUCGUCAGACAUGAGUUAUAUGCUUAUUUGGCACCAGUUUCGGUA